ACCCGGCGAAGUCCAGACGCUGCAGCCCUCUGGGCUCCAGAGCUCCGCGGCGGCCUCCCGAGCACGGCAGCAUGGGGCGCAGUCCCGCUCUCGCCUGACCUGCCGCGCGCUGGCCCGCCACCACGGCCCCGUCCGCUCGGCUGCGCGCAGGGGCCACCUCCUGCCGAGGGCCCCUCCCUGCGUGCAGCCGCCCAUGGGGGCGGCCCCGCGCGGCGGUCCGCCCGAGGCGGCGCUGCGGGCAGCGACGUGGCCCUGCCGCCCCCGCCGCCAGCUGCACAGCGCGCUGCCGCCGCCGCCGCCGCAGGGGGGCGAGGCCGAGGCGGCCGCCGCGGCUCGGGCCUGCCUGGUGGCGCUCGCCCAGGCGCGGGGGGCCCAGAGCUGCACGCUGCGCUCGAGGCGCGCCGCGCACGGCUGCAGCCCAGGGCCCAGCCCGCCGGCCAUGCGGGCCGCGCCGCCGCAGCAGCCUGGGGUGUGGCUGCCGCCG